AUGCCUUCUAUCUCACAGCCAUUUAGAUUGGCCAUAUUACCCAGGCUUACUUCCCUUACCGAUACCUCCGUGCAAACUAACCACAUUCAGGUAGCAGAUGACCUGUUUCCAGCGUCAAAUAAGAUUACUAUUGGUAUUUCUGAGUCCGCUAUCUCACAAUACAUUUUAAACCCAACACCAAAACUUGUUUUCAGUAUUCCGAUACCAUCUACUAAUGUCGUAACUGCUUGUGACAUUGCUCAGUUAGAGGAGAAUUUAGAGCAAGAUAAAAGAAAACUGCAGGAGAUAUGGUGCUAUGCUUUGAAAGCUGGUAAGAACUACACUUUAAAUGUGGUAAUUAAUGAUGCAGAUUCUGAAAGUAUUUUAAAUUCCAGUGGAGAGCUCAAUGGCUCCAAGAAGCUUAGGUUAAAGGACGAAGUUGUCAAUCUGAAAAUUCAGAACGAGACUAUUGUCGCUGUCUUGAAAUGCGGUUUGAUUCUGACUUAUGAUUACGAUUUGAAAUUACUUCACUCGAUGGAUGUACUAUAUGGCAACGUUACUGUAGUGAAUCAUUUCAAAGAAAAAGAAAAAACAUUCAUGUUUGUCAUGUGUUCCCUAGAGGAGAGCAAGGUUUGCUUCAAACUAUUCGAGCUAUACACUCAAGAAUUGACAUCUGUGCCUAUAAUGGAACUAAGCUCCAUAAUCUUGGAAGAUUUCGAACUGAUUAAAUCAAAAAUUUGCUAUCAAUCCGGUAGACUUUAUAGAUUGAUUGGUGAUCAGAUGCUUACAUAUUCUCUACCGCACUGCCAAUUAUUACAAAAAGUCCAGAUUCCAAUGGUUUCAGAAUCCCAAGUUAUAUCCAUGAAUCCCGUGUCGCCCAAUAGAAUUCUUUUGACUCUAGAUAAUAUAAUUUAUCUGCUUGACUUGAUGCAUAAUUCAAUUCUGUUCCAAAGAGAGUUAACGCAUGUAAAAAGCUUUCAAAUUUUAAAAUCUGCUGUAAUAAAUUCUCAGAUAGGUAGUAAUGCUUCGAAUAACAAGACAAUUGCCAUUGGUGUAGCAAAUAAACAGGAUUCAAACUCAACUUGCUCAUUAGAAAUGAUCAACGUUGAUGUUGGAACAGGUACCGUGAAAGAUUCCUUAGGCAAAAGUUUUCAAAUAUUUAACCAAUCUGCAAAAUCGUAUGCGUUAGAGCCUUUAUUAACAAAUGAAGAGCUUUCCAGCUUAAAUGAUGAUGAGCGCAGCAGACAAGGGAACAAUUUUGACUUUGAUGACAUUUACAGACAACUUGUUAAAUGUGGGAAAAGCGCCUCCAGUUUUGAUGAUGUAUUUCUAAAUGAAUUAAAAAUCAGAAGAGAACAUUACACCGAGGAAGAUAGGUAUAUUUGUGAUCAAGAAUUUUUGAGUAAAGUCGUCAAUUUAAUAUUUGAGAAUUUUCAAAAGGAAUAUCCGAAGUCUUUAACCUUCCUGUUAACGCAUCCAUUGUUUCCUGUAGAUUGCACAAGAAAGCUUUUAUCAAGGUUAAGCGAACAUCCGCGGUUAUUUAAACAAGCUAUCGUAACUUGUCCAAAUUUACCAUUGAAAGAACUUUUGUUCGAACUUUUUUCGAUUCAAAAUGGUGAACUUUCUUUGGAUAUAUCUCUAAGAAUACUACAAGACUAUACCACAGAUAUGAUUAGAGAUGAAAUCAAGAAGCUCAGCAAAAUUGAGAUUCAAAAUUUCAUCGAUUUUCUGAUCAAUUCAAAAGAUACCGAAAUUGUAAGUAAUGGUCGUCAGCUAUUUCAGCUUCUAUCUCUGAUUUUAGACUCAAUUGGCUUGCUAACUUUAGAAGGGUCAAUGUUAGCUCGUCUUUCAGAAUAUAUCGACCAGCAGGUAGUUAUUGCCGAAAGAAACACCAACUCAUGGUAUCUACUCGAUGAUAGACAAGCACCCCGCGUAGGAACCUUCGCAAGCAAUAGCUUUGCGAAGGUUCAAAAAGAACCUGCACCCAGAUACUCUGUGGAAUAUUUAGAUAUCUAG